AUGUAUAAACCUAAUAGGGCAGACCUGAGUUACAGCGAUGCAGAAGACAUCACCAAGACAAAGUCUAUACCAGAGAUUUCAAGAAUUUUGUGCCAGGUUCUGCAAAUUGAGGCCCCUGACCCUCAGCGGGGCAUUCUGCUCGAGCUCUACACAAACAUGGUGCUAUUCUGCAAGCAGCAAAAAUACAAUAAAGAGCAAAUAUCUGUUCUUCUGUCCAUCAUAAAGAAUGUGCAUCAGCUAAACACAGAAACACCCCUUAACAACAUGGACCAGUGUUUUACAUACUUCAGUGAGCUGCUUCUUUGUCAUUCUGUCAGGAGACCCCCUUUCACUAUCGAUCUAUUCAAUUCUGAACAAGUGACUGAGAUUAUGAAAUAUUUCAUGAACACAUAUAUGAGACAUUACAUGCUUUAUAAGUAUGUAUUUACACCUCAGACAUAUUUAGAUUUAUCUUUGUCUUACGUUGGGAUGCCUGAGGAGCUCCCUCCUGAAGAGCUAGAAACCUUAGAAGCAGAAAAUGAAGCUGAAACUGAAGCAGGUGAAGCAAGUGAGCAAGAAACAGCUUCUACAAAAAUCCUGCUCACAGAGACAGCGGCACCUAAACAAGAUCUUUCCCAGAAGGGAGCGCUGAGGACCAUUGUACAAAAGGAAGUAAAGGAGGAAGUGACGCGCUUAACUGCUCAUUUAGAAAAAUGCUUACAGGAAAGUACUGAUCAGCUUAACACGGCACUCACAGCACUGGAGACUAGACUUCAACGUAAAAAGUGACCAGCUGUCUUUGUUCCUGUUGACUCAUUUAUAAAC